UCUCGCGUCAGUAGUAGUUGUCCAGCUAUUGAGAUGCUGCCGGCGGAGCCGCUGUGAAGAGAAACGAUAAGAAUUUCGUCGCACGAUCGUCCCUCCCCCCCCUCUCCCUUUCCGAAAGAGUGUCGCUGUUGCCGGCGUUGCAUCGUCGAAAAACAGCCGCUGUUUUUCCUUUUUUUUCGUUGCGUUGCAACACGCCGGACAUAAUCGUAGCGCGUCUCUAUCGCCAAUCGAACCGGCCUGCGAGAGAGCCCCCCCCUAACACCAUGGCCAGUGUUUCCUAUCAAAUAGCGAAUCUGCUGGAAAAGAUGACGUCCAGUGACAAGGACUUCAGAUUUAUGGCAACUAAUGAUUUGAUGAGCGAACUGCAGAAAGAUAGCAUCAAGUUGGACGACGAUUCCGAACGCAAAGUUGUGAAGAUGCUGCUCAAGUUGCUGGAGGACAAGAAUGGAGAAGUGCAAAAUCUUGCUGUAAAAUGCUUAGGUCCGUUAGUCAAUAAAGUGAAAGAAUAUCAAGUGGAGACUAUUGUGGAUGCCCUGUGUAGCAACAUGGUAUCUGAUAAAGAGCAGCUACGUGAUAUCUCCAGCAUCGGUUUGAAGACUGUUAUUUCUGAGCUUCCUUUGGGUUCUAGUGCGUUAGUUGCAAAUAUUUGUAGGCGUAUCACUGGAAAAUUAAGCAGUGCUAUCGAAAAGCAAGAGGAUGUAUCUGUACAACUCGAAGCCCUCGACAUCGUCGCCGACUUACUGUCUCGAUUCGGCGCGCUCUUAGUCUCGUUCCAUUCUACCAUUCUGAACGCGCUGUCACCGCAGCUUUCUUCACCACGUCAAGCGGUUCGCAAACGCACUAUAGUAGCGCUCAGCCACUUAUUGACGUCCAGCAACAAUUAUUUAUACAAUAAAUUGCUGGAUCAGCUUCUUCAGGGUCUCUCGACCCAAACCACAAAGAACGUUAUACGCACCUAUAUCCAAUGUAUCGCCUCUAUCUGCCGACAAGCGGGUCACAGAUUUGGCGAGCAAAUAGAACGUGUUAUGCCAUUGAUUGUCCAAUACAGCAAUGAGGAUGAUGAUGAAUUAAGGGAGUACUGUCUGCAAGCAUUUGAAUCUUUUGUCUACAGAUGUCCGAAAGAGAUCACGCCGCACAUAAACAAGAUCAUAGAGAUUUGUUUAAUAUAUAUCACCUACGAUCCAAACUAUAAUUACGAUGACGAUAUGAAUGACUUCUCUGACGGAGAAGGCGUUGUGAUGGAAGUGGAGGAGGAUGGUGAGGAGGAUGCCGAGGACGAAUAUUCCGACGACGACGAUAUGAGUUGGAAAGUUCGUAGAGCAGCUGCGAAGUGUCUGGAGGCUGUCGUAUCCAGUAGAAGAGAGUUACUGUCGGACCUUUACAAAGUGGUCUCGCCUGCUCUAAUAUGUAGGUUUAAAGAAAGAGAGGAAAACGUUAAAUCCGACAUCUUCCACGCGUAUAUCGCUCUGUUGAGGCAAACCAGGCCAGCUACCGGCGUGCCGCUCGACCCUGACGCGAUGGAAGACGACGACGGGCCUGUCUCGUUAUUGCAACAGCAAGUGCCGUUGAUAGUAAAAGCGGUCCAUCGGCAAAUGAAGGAGAAGAGCAUCAAGACGAGGCAGGAUUGCUUCUCCUUGUUGAAGGAACUGGUGCUCGUCUUACCGGGCGCUCUGACCAAUCAUAUCCCAGCAUUGAUCCCUGGCAUACAAUAUUCCCUGGGUGACAAGAACUCGUCCUCGAACAUGAAGAUCGACACGUUGGCCUUCGUGCACACGCUACUGGUGACGCAUGAGCCCGAGGCGUUCCACGCUCACAUGUCCGUUCUGGCGCCGCCGAUCAUACUGGCUGUCGGGGAUCCCUUCUAUAAGAUCACCGCUGAGGCGUUGCUUGUACUGCAGCAGCUCGUACAAGUCAUCAGGCCUCACGAUAAGCCGUGUUACUUCGACUUCACUUCGUUGUCCGGCGAGAUAUAUCAUUGCACAUUAAAGAGACUGAGAACGGCGGACAUAGAUCAAGAGGUGAAAGAGAGAGCCAUCGCUUGCAUGGGCCAGAUUCUCGCCCAUUUCGGCGAUAGCUUGUCGAACGAGCUGCACAUAUGCCUGCCAAUUUUCUUGGACAGAUUGCGCAACGAGAUAACUAGACUCACGACUGUUAAGGCUCUAACCUGCAUAGCUGCGUCUCCGCUGAGAGUGGAUCUGCAGCCGAUCAUGGAGGAAGCAAUACCUAUCCUUGGAUCUUUUCUGAGGAAAAAUCAACGAGCUCUGAAACUCUCUUCUCUUCCUCUAUUAGACACCUUGGUGCGCAAUUACAGUUCAGCUCUGCAUGCAGAUCUACUUGACAAGGUUACUACGGAAUUACCCGCGUUGUUAAGCGAGACGGAUCUACAUAUUGCACAGUUAACGCUGAAUCUUCUCACUACCAUUGCGAAGCUACACCCGAUCGCUCUGACCAGGGUCUCCGAUCAUAUCCUGCCGGAAAUACUCGUUUUGGUGAAAUCGCCGCUCCUCCAGGGUGUCGCGUUGAAUUCGAUGCUCGAAUUUUUCCAAGCGCUAGUUCAAGCGGAAGUGCCAGGCCUCGGCUACCGAGAGCUUCUUGCGAUGCUGGUGGUGCCGGUUACUCAGUCGGUACUUCACAAGCAGGCUUAUCACUCCCUCGCCAAGUGUGCGGCCGCGCUGACAAUCACGUGGCAUCAAGAGGCUCAGGGUAUCGUGGAGCAGUUGUUGAAGGACGUUCAGAAUCCGCAGAACGAUGCGCAGCAUAUUUUCGCUCUCCUGGUCAUCGGGGAGAUAGGAAGACACGUGGAUUUGAGUGAAAUCAAUUCGCUGAAACAAACGAUUCUAAGCUCGUUCUCGUCGCACUCGGAAGAGGUGAAGUCCGCAGCCAGCUACACGUUGGGCAACAUCGCAGUUGGAAAUCUUCCCGAAUAUCUGCCUUUUAUACUUCAAGAAAUCGAGGCUCAGCCGAAACGUCAAUAUUUGCUUCUGCAUUCAUUGAAAGAGAUUAUCACGUGUCAAUCUGCCAGCCCGUCCGGCGUGUCGCAUUUGCAGAAUUUUGUGCCUUCAAUCUGGUUGCUUUUGUACAGGCAUUGCGAAUGCACGGAAGAAGGUACUCGCAACGUCGUGGCCGAAUGUCUCGGUAAGUUGACACUAAUCGAUCCUUCCAUUCUGUUGCCGAAGUUACAAGAAUCGCUCAAAUCGCCGUCGGCGCUUAUGAGAACAACGACAGUCACUGCGGUAAAAUUCACCAUUUCUGACCAGCCACAACAGAUUGAUAUUAUGUUGAAGCAAUGUAUGGGCAAUUUCCUGAUUGCCCUGGAAGAUCCCGAUCUGAACGUGCGAAGGGUAGCGUUGGUUGCAUUUAAUUCCGCAGCACAUAAUAAGCCGAUGCUGAUAAGGGAUCUGUUGGACGUGGUGCUGCCGCAUCUUUAUACGGAAACUAAGAUAAAGAAAGAACUAAUAAGGGAAGUCGAGAUGGGCCCGUUUAAGCAUACCGUGGACGACGGACUGGAUCUUCGAAAAGCGGCGUUCGAGUGCAUGUAUACCCUGCUGGACUCUUGUCUCGAUAGAUUGGACGUCUUCGAGUUCUUGAAUCACGUGGAGAACGGUCUCAGGGACCAUUACGAUAUCAAGAUGUUGACUUACCUUAUGACCGCGCGGCUCGCUCAAUUGUGUCCAACCGCAGUCUUGCAAAGGUUGGAGCGAUUAGUGGAGCCGCUGAAGAGCACGUGCACGAUGAAGGUGAAGGCGAACUCUGUGAAGCAGGAAUAUGAGAAACAAGACGAAUUAAAACGCUCUGCACUGAGAGCCGUUGCAGCGUUAUUAACUAUUCCCGACGCGGAUAAAAAUCCGUCGUUGAGUGAAUUCGUCGGACAAAUCAAGGGGACACCGGAUCUGCAGCCGCUUUUCGAGAUAAUACAAAAGGAUUGCAGCGGUAGCAACGUGAACGAAACGAAUGCAAUGGAUCAGAGCUAAAAGUAACAAUUCCCUUCUUUUGUAUCUUUCACAUAGAUCGCCGUUAAUUAAGCGCAUUCGUGAUCAUUACUAUACUCAUAUAGUUUAUUUCUAUAUACAUUAUUUUUUCAUUAAUGUAUCCUCGAUUUUCGAGUAGUAGACUUUAAAAAGUAAGUGUGAGUUAAUGUAGCACGCCAUGUAUAAAUUUAAAAAUAAAUUUGCCGGCAGUAAUCGUUUUACCAUCACGUGUGUAUUCUGUUUUGGUAGAGCGUAAUAUAUAUAUUAUUAACUCGACGAUAUUGUCUACGAACAUUUGUCGCAACAAUAAAUCGCAAUUUAUAGCGUUGUUAUA